CAUAAUCAAUCUUAUAUAUAUAUAGGUAUAAUCACCAUACAGCUCACACAAUGUAACCUGCUCAUCUACUGGUUGUUAUUUUUAGAUUUCAAUUAAGAAUAAUUUCUGUCUAAUAAAACAUACCAUAAUUGAAAUCACUUCAUAAACAUUAAAGAACGAGACAUGGAAAUAUCUUGAUACAGUUACCUUUCAAAGCAAAACAAAACAAAAAACGAAUCGAGUAUCUCCUUUUGCAAAUGUUGAAACAAACAAUUAUAUUUCAUAAAAUAUUACCAAUUGACUGGAUUGAUAUCUUUGGCGGUAAAUAAAAUUUGAAGUUUACCAAGUUUAAACAAAAUUCACAGUAGUAGAGUAGUAGUAGAUCUUUUUUUUCUUUUUGAUAAUACUCAUGAAAAACAAACAGUAACUUAGUGAUUAAUUUUCUUUCUGAUUAAAGUUUUCACUUGAGGUAAAUUUGUACUACUAAUGAUAUAUGAAUAAAUUCAACAGAAAAUUAUUAACUAUAAAAUGCAUUCUACAUUAAUCAUUUUCUAUGAAUAAUACACGUUUGCAUUUCACAAUGAUGCAAUUAGUUAAAUGUAUCCAUAUAUCUAUAAACAGUAAUACAUCUAAUAUAUAAUGUUUAUACCAACUUGGAUAUUAUCUCUAUUAUUGUAUUUAUAUGUUACAAGUGAAUUAUAUUAUAACGAAAUUCAUGGCUUUGAAAUAGGUAAAACAGAUUUUAAACCAGAGUUGAAAGCGAAUCAUGGUCCGAAUUUUACUCAAAUUACAUGCCGUAUAAAUCGUCCAAAACCAAAUGCAGAAGUCUACUUGACAUGCCCUGCCUUAGGAGAAAGUACAACACAUGAAAAUUGUUACCAAGGCUGUCAACCGACCAAUCCUUGCACUCACUCAACACAGUAUCAGUCUGGAUGUGUACCACAUGACCAAACAGUAUUUUGUCAGAAAAUUGAAUUUCCUAAUGGUACUGUUGUAUUGAAUUUAAACGUGGAUCGAACUGAUAAACGACUGGCAGGUUUAUGGUCUUGUACACAUGCUGGUCUGGAAAGUACCAAGUUUGAGAUAGAAUUAAAAAGUUAUUCAAUUAUGAAUGAAAUUAAUCCACUUUCAAAACCUGUGGUAAAACAAGAGAAACAUGACUCAGGUACAAAGAUUUUACGAAACACACACUCUAAUCAAAAUAAUUUGGUCAACAAUCAAUCAACAUCUUAUAUGAGAAAACCGGAAGUAUUAUUUACUAUACUAUCGAUAUUGAUUUUAUCAAUUCUUAUCAAUUUGGGAUUCUGCAUUCGAUGUUUACUAUUUCGUUCCUAUAUUGACGCAUCACAAGAAGGAUCAAGUAAAACAAGUUGCCUAGCUGCUUGUCUUUGCUUACCUGAUGAAAUGAGGAAGGGUUCACUAAUUAUGACGACACCAAUUCUACCUCGAGCAACUAUGACGCCGCAUAUGAAUCAUGUUAGAAUAAAUGGCUCAGACCAUGGAGUACUUAAUUCGUCAUACAGCUUAUCUGCUAUACAAAAAAUACCUUUACUCUACAAUGGUACAUCAUAUAAGGAGAAUCCACCUACAAAUUACAUUCCGACAAAUUCAUUACCAGGUACUUUCAGAAAGAAUGGAAUGCAAAACCUGAGAAACAAUAGCAUACCACAACAAUUUGGAGGAUUAACGCAACCUCAAACUUUAGAUAUGGAGAAUACCAAUCUAACAACAUUUCCUAUGAUUGAUGACACAAAUAAGUUUGUUAGUUUCACACCAACAUACAUUCGAGCUCCAUCACUUAAUACUCCUUCACCAAAUCUUAAUCGUGACGUGGUGAACAAUUAUGGAUACUCACCACAAACUCCGGUACGUCAUUUUGGGCAGGGUGAAAUUCACUCAUUUCCGCAGUAUUUAAUACGAAUGCAGCAUCCGCAUGUCAUAUACGACGAUGUUGCUGGAGGAACAUCAAGUAUUGUAGGGUCAUUGGGUCAUAGCCCAAGUGGUAGCAUUAUAGACACUACAAGUUUGCAAACUCAUUUAGCUCAACUUCAAAAUAUCAAUGUAGCGAGACAAAAUAAUAUAUUACAACCAACUAAUUCAAGUUUCUCUAAUCUCAUGAACCUAUCCCCGGACUCUAAUAUUCAGGGUCAUUAUAUAUCACUCCAACCCUCAAUAAGCCAUAAAUUAGCAGACGAUAAGAUUGCAACUUCGGUUACUUCAUCAGUUCCAGUAUCAGUGUCUACACCAACUUCACCUAAUUACUCAGGUCAAACCCGGUUAGAUACAUCUGUUAUCCCAAGUGUUUCCUCGUCAACGACUGGAAGUUCAACUAAUUCGCAACAAACAGUAACAUUGACCCAAGCUGACAAAUCAUUAAAUACUAAUAUAUCAAAUAUAAAUCCACCUUCGACAUCUUCCCCAUCAAUUAGUUGACUUGUGGCAAACACAACAAACAACUGAUUCUUACUCACUUGGAUUUAAUAAUAAUUGAAACAUAAAAAACAACCACUAAUUUCUAGUGAUAUUAAUUGAGAAAUUUUAUGUACAAUACAAGCUAGAUAUCAAAGAAUCUGAUAUAUUUCAUAUCGUUCAAUCUUUGCAAAAGAUUAUUGUUAUUUAAAUGAGAAUCCG